AUGAUACCUCUUUGGCCUGGAACAGCCAGAAGCAAAGCAGACGAGUGCUUCGUCGCAUCGUCCGAGGAGCAGAGUGAGGAGGCGAACGGCAAAGGUGUUGUGCACGGCCUAGACCCACGGCAUCUUUCCCUGGAGUGUGCCUUGGAACUGCAGGACGUGGCUGCCCGGCGCGGCGUGCUCAUCUUCCCGAGGCUCCCGAACCUCACGGGAGCCGAACUUCUGCAGAUCUCACAGAGGUUCGGCAGCGGAGAGGUUGUCAGCCGCCACGUCGCCCACCCGGAAAGCCCAGAGGAAGAAAUACUCCGCCUAUCAAACCAGGCGGCACAUGGCGUUGUUGGAGUCGGUCCACAGUGGCACCACGACGGGAGCACAGAGCGACGUGUCUUCAGCCACCUGCUGUUCCAUGCGCAGCAGAUGCCGGCGACGGGGGGAGAGACGGAUUUCGCGGACCUCGACAAAUACAAAAGAACGUGUUGA